AGAGAUGCGGUCGCCAUGGUGACUGAGGACCAGUGAGACGGGAUGGGGAUGGGAAUGGGGGGUGGGGGUGUGGCAGGGACCGAGGCACCGGGAUACAGAACGCCUGGCAUUCCAGGGGGAGGGAAACCCAAGCAGCGGCAUCCCCAAGCUCCAGAGCUGGCUGGUGACUGCCCCUGACUAAGCAUGGCCCUCCCAGCCCUGGGCCUGGACCCCUGGAGCCUCCUGGGCCUUUUCCUCUUCCAGCUACUGCUGCUGCUGUUGCCACCAACAACUGCAGAGGCUAGUGGGCAGGGGCCCGUGCCCAGAGUCAGAUACUACGCAGGGGACGGACGCAGGGUACUUAGCCUCUUCCAGCAGAAGGACCUCCAGGAUUUUGACAUUCUUCUCCUGAGUGAUGAUGGGAACACCCUCUAUGUGGGGGCUCGAGAGGCCAUUCUGGCCUUGAAUAUCCAAGAGCCAGGGAUCCCAAGGCUGCGAAACAGGAUACCCUGGCCAGCCAGUGAAAAGAAAAAGAAUGAAUGUGCCUUUAAGAGGAAGAGCAAUGAGACACAGUGUUAUAACUUCAUCCGUGUCCUGGUCUCUUUCAACACCACCCAUCUCUACGCCUGUGGCACAUUCGCCUUCAGUCCUGCCUGUACCUUCAUUGAACUCAAAGAUUCCAACCUGAUGCCCAUCUUGGAGGAGCAUGUCAUAGAUGGGAAAGGCCAGAGCCCCUUUAACCCAGUUCACAAGCACACAGCUAUCUUGGUGGAUGGGAUGCUGUAUUCAGGCACCAUGAACAACUUCCUGGGCAGUGAGCCCAUUCUGAUCCGCACACUGGGCCACCCAGUCCUCAAGACUGACACCUUCCUCAGCUGGCUGCAGCCGGAUGCCUCCUUCGUGGCGGCCAUUCCUUCGACUCAGUUCGUCUACUUCUUCUUCGAGGAGACGGCCAGCGAAUUUGACUUCUUCGAGAAGCUCCACACUUCGCGCGUGGCACGAGUCUGCAAGAACGACGUGGGCGGAGAAAAGCUACUGCAGAAGAAAUGGACCACCUUCCUGAAGGCCCAGCUGCUCUGUGCUCAGCCGGGGCAACUGCCUUUCAACAUCAUCCGUCAUGCAGUCCUGUGGCCUGACAGUUCCUCCAAGGUUCCCCACGUCUUUGCAGUUUUCACCUCCCAGUGGCAGAUCGGUGGGACCAAGAGUUCUGCUGUCUGUGCCUUUUCUCUCAUGGACAUCGAGCGUGUCUUUGAGGGGAAAUACAAGGAGCUGAACAAAGAGACUUCACACUGGACCACUUACAUGGGCUCUGAGACCAACCCUCGGCCAGGCAGCUGUUCUGUAGGACCCUCCUCGGAUAAAGCCUUGACCUUCAUGAAGGACCAUUUCCUAAUGGAUGAGCAGGUGGUGGGGACACCCUUAUUGGUGAAGUCUGACGUGGAAUACACAAAGAUUGUGGUGGAGACAGCCCAGGACCUUGAAGGGAGAAGCCAUCUGGUCAUGUACUUGGGCACCACCACGGGGUCCCUGCACAAGGCAGUGGUGAGUCAGGGCAACAGUGCUCGUCUGGUGGAGGAGAUCCAGCUGUUCCCUGCUCCUGAGCCUGUUAGGAACCUGCAGCUGGCACCUGCUCAGGGUGCAGUGUUUGCAGGCUUCUCAGGAGGUGUCCAGAGGGUGCCCCGAGCCAACUGCAGCGUAUAUGAGAGCUGUGUGGAUUGUGUCCUUGCCCGGGACCCCCACUGUGCCUGGGACAUGGAGUCCCGAACUUGCCGCCUCCUGUCCACGCCUUUUCUGAGCUCCUGGAAACAGGACAUAGAGCAGGGGGAUCCAAGAUGGGCAUGUGCCAAUGGCCCUGUGGGCAGGAGUCACCAGCCUCAGAGCCGCCCCCAAAUCAUUAAAGAAGUCCUGGCCGUCCCCAACUCCAUCCUGGAGCUCCCCUGCCCCCACCCCUCAGCCUUGGCCUCUUACCACUGGAGUCAUGGUGCAGCAGCUGUCCCAGAAGCCUCUUCUUCUGUCUACAAUGGCUCCCUCUUGCUGCUCCUGAGGGAUGGAGUUGGGGGUCUGUACCAGUGCUGGGCCACUGAACGGAGGUUCUCAUACCCUGUGGUCUCCUACUGGGUGGACAGCCAGGACCAGCCCCUUGCCCUGGACCCUGAACUGGCAGGCAUUCCCCGUGAGCGUAUGGAGGCUCCGCUGACCAGGGCCGGUGGUGGGGUUGCCCUGGCUGCCCAGCGGUCCUACUGGCCCCAUUUCCUCACAGUCACUGUGCUUCUCGCCUUAGUGCUUUCAGGAGCCCUCAUCUUCCUCCUCGCCUCCCCACUGGGGGCACUCCGAGCCCGGGGGAAGGUCCAAGGCUGUGGAAAUCUCCCCCCUGGGGAGAAGGCCCCACUAAGCAAGGAGAAGCCCCACAAGCCCCCUAAGACCUCUGCCAGUGACGUGGAUGCGGACAACAACCACCUGGGCACUGAGGUGGUGUGA